AUGAACAAAGCGAUAGAAUAUUAUGAAGAACUGAUAUCAAAUGGAAUAGAAGCAGAUUCUGUAACAUAUUUAAUAUUGAUAGAUGGAUUCGGAAAGCAAAAGGAUACAAAAAAAGCUCUAAAAUUUUAUAAUAAGAUGAUAUCUUGUAAUAAACAACCAACGACCAAAAUUUUUUCAUCACUUAUAAAUUCAUGUAUAAAAGAAGAUAAAAUAGAACAAGCUGAAGAAAUAGUUAAAGCCAUGAAAUCUUUUAAUAUACAACCGGAUAUUAGAUUAUAUAAUACUCUAAUACAUAAUUCAAUAAUUAAAUUCGAUAUGAAAGCUGCAAAUCAAUUUUAUAAUGAAAUUAUAAGAUUUGGAAUAAAACCAGAUAUUUAUACUUUUGCAAUGAUGAUUGAUGGAUAUUUAAAAGUCGGUGAUCAAGAAAGUGCACAAAAAAUUUAUUCAUAUAUGAUGAAUAAUGGAAUAAAUAUUAAUUCAACUGUAAUUAAUAUUUUAAUGCAAUUAUAUUUUGAAAAAAAUGAUUCAAAAAUGGUUCAUAAUAUUUUUAAACAAUAUUAUUCAAAUCCUUCAUUUUAUAAUAAUGGAAUUUCACCUGAUAUUAAAUCAUGGACUAUUUUUUUAAAAUCAAGAUUACGACUUACAAAAGAUAUUGAAGAAGCUUAUGAUAUAUAUAAGGAAUUUUUGAUACAAAUUGAUAAGAAUGAUGAUUUAAAUUUUCAACUUUUACCUGAUCGUCAUAUUUUUAAUCAUUUUCUUACAAUAUUUGCUCAUAAUUAUGGAAAUAUGACACUCUCUCAAGAAGUUUAUGGUGAAAUGAUUAGAAGAAAUAUUUUACCCGAUGUUGUAACUCAUACUAUAUUAAUUGAAGGUUAUGCUUUAUUAGGUCAAGUUGAAAAGGCAAAUAGACAAUUUCAAAUUAUGAAAUCUAAUAACAUUAAACCUAAUGUAUUUACUUAUACAAGUUUAAUCAAAGCUUGGGCUCAAGUUUGGAGAAUUGAUAAAAUUCAACAAGUUUAUAAUGAAAUGAUCAAAUCUGGUAUAAAACCUCAUAGAGCAACUUAUCGUGCGAUAGCUUCUAUAAAAAAUUUAAAAUUUGAUAUCUCUCAACAACAGCGAGAACAAAAAAAUUCAUCAAAAUUUUUACCUAUAUCAAGAACACCACAACAUGUUAAAGAUACAAUAAAAUUAAAUGAUAAACUUGAAAAGGUUCAAGAUUCUGAAACAGCUUAUAGUCUUUUCGAAAAUUUUUUAAAAAACUUUGAUAAUACAAAUUAUCUUGAUUAUAAUUCAAAACCAAAUAUUUAUUCUUUUACUAUAUUUAUGACAAGUUUUGUAUUUCAUCAUAGAAAUAUGACAUUUGCUCUUAAAGUAUUUGAAGAAAUGUUAAAAAGAAAUAUUCCGGCUAGUUGUUAUUGUUAUAAUGUUUUAAUUGAAGGUUUUGCUAGAUCAAAUGAACCUUUUAAAGCCGAAAAAAUGUUUUUUACUAUGAUAAAUAAUAAUGUUAAACCAGAUAUUAGUUCUUUUAAUAGUUUAAUAUCUGCUUGGGCUAUGGUUGGCAAAAAGGAUAAAGUAUUCAAGACUUAUCAUGAGAUGAAAAAAUUUGGGGUAAAUCCCAAUGAGGUUACAUUUAAUAGUAUGAAAGCUGUAGGAAUGUAG